GUGUCUAAAAUCUCAUGCCAGCAAAAUCACUCCAAUGGCUACUCUUCAUCCAUUCCGCUCUCUACUGUUCACUCACCUCCGUCAUCGCCACGCUAUGCUACCCUCAACCCGAUUACUCAGAAAGUUCUCUCUUUUCUUCUCUUCCACUCCCAAACUCAGAGCAGAUAAUAGUAAUGACCACACUCUGGUGCUGAAGAAAGAUGAGAGGGUGUGGGGGUCUGGAUUGAUGAACUCUUCUGACCACCCAGUCGCGAACUCAAGCACCAUUGCGGCCAUUGUCACUUCCUUGGGUGGUCCCCCGGCUGCUGUUGGGAUUGUCCGGCUUUCUGGUCCUUCCUCUGUUUCAAUUGUUGGCAGUAUUUUUCGUUCCAUGAAGAAGAAGUUCAAGGAUCGUACCUCUGAGUGGAGGCCAAAAAGCCAUGUUGUGGAGUAUGGCUUUGUUUUCGAUUCUACUGGGAAUGUGAUUGAUGAGGUUUUGAUGGUUCCCAUGCUAGCUCCAAAAUCAUACACUAGAGAAGAUGUGAUAGAGCUUCAGUGUCAUGGGAGCGAAACAUGCUUGAACCGUGUGUUGAGGGCUUGUCUUCAGGCUGGGGCUACACUCGCUGAGCCAGGUGAGUUCACUCUUCGUGCAUUCCUAAAUGGGCGCUUAGACCUUUCUCAAGCUGAGAAUGUUGGGAAGCUUAUAUCAGCUAAGUCAAUGGCUGCUGCUGAUGCUGCAUUGGCAGGAAUACAGGGGGGAUUAUCUUCUUUGGUCAAAUCUCUAAGGAUGCAGUGCAUUGAGUUGCUUACUGAGAUUGAAGCACGUUUGGACUUUGAUGAUGAGAUGCCACCUCUUAAUUUGGACGAAAUAAUGGAUAAAAUAUUUGGGAUGGUGACAAAUGUUGAAAGUGCACUGGAGACCGCUAACUAUGACAAGCUUUUGCAAUCUGGACUACAGAUAGCAAUUAUUGGUAGACCAAAUGUUGGAAAAUCAAGCCUUUUAAAUGCAUGGAGCAAACAUGCAGAGUGAGAGAGCAAUAGUUACAGAUAUUGCUGGAACGACAAGGGAUGUGAUAGAAUCUAAUGUUUCUGUCCGUGGUAUCCCUGUCAUCCUUCUUGAUACAGCUGGCAUACGGCACUCUGAUAAUCCAGUGGAGAAAAUCGGCAUGGAGCGGUCUGAAAGGGCUGCUGGAAAUGCUGAUGUAAUUAUAAUGACUGUUAGUGCUAGUGAGGGUUGGACUGCAGAUGAUGCUGCACUUCUUGAAAGAAUAAGGAACAAGGCUACAUCUUGUGGAUCAAAUUGUCCAAUGAUUCUGGCAGUCAACAAAAUAGACUGUGCGCCGUCUACUUCUGAAUCGGUGGAUGCAUUUGGUGGUGGCUUUUCCUUUAACAAGAAGAUCUUUACAUGUGCACUCACAGGUCAAGGAAUUCAAGAUCUGGAGGCUGCGAUUGUUGAGAUUGUGGGGCUAGACAAAAUUCCCGCUGGGGGCCGUAAAUGGACCGUCAAUCAGAGACAAUGGGAGCAGCUGAUUCGGGCCAGGGAAGCAUUCAAUAGGCUCAAAUCUUCAAUGGAGGAGGAGCUUCCCCUUGAUUUUUGGACGAUUGAUCUGAGAGAAGCUGCCAUGGCCCUUGGGCAAAUUAGUGGAGAUGAUUUUUCAGAAGAGAUAUUGACUAGCAUAUUUGGAAAAUUCUGCAUUGGGAAAUAAUUUUUUCUUUCUUUUACUUUCAAUGUUUUAUACUUUCAUUUUAUUGAUCUGAAAAGAAAGUUUACUCUGUUUUCCCUCUAUAUAUGAUAAUCUUAGUUUAUGUGUUAUGAUUGAAUACAAUUGUUGUACAGCAUUUAGGUAAUUAGGUUCUGCAGACUACAUUGAACACAGCCCUGCCUGUGAA